AUGGAAGGAAUAAAUAAAACUGCAAAGAUACAAUUCUUCUUUCGUCCAUUCUCACCUAACCCUGAGGUCCAGAUGGUGAUUUUUGUGGCCUUCCUGAUGAUGUACCUGACCAGCCUCAGUGGAAAUGCCACAAUUGCAGUCACUGUCCAGGUCAACCACUCCCUCCACACCCCCAUGUACUUUUUUCUGGCCAACUUGGCAGUUCUAGAAAUCUUCUAUACAUCUUCCAUCGCCCCACUGGCCUUGGCAAACCUCCUUUCAAUGGGCAAAACUCCUGUUUCCAUCACUGGAUGUGGCACCCAAAUGUUUUUCUUUGUCUUCUUGGGUGGGGCUGAUGGCGUCCUGCUCGCAGUCAUGGCUUAUGACCGGUUUAUAGCGAUCUGUCACCCUUUGCGAUAUACCCUCAUCGUGAGCUGGUCUUUGUGCGUGGAGCUGAUGGUAGGGUCCCUGGUGCUGGGGUUCCUGCUGUCACUGCCGCUCACCACUUUAAUCUUCCAACUCCCAUUCUGCCGCAACAAUGAGAUCUACCACUUCUACUGUGACAUGCCUGCAGUCAUGCACCUGGCUUGUGCAGACACACACAUUCACGAGACUGCCCUCUAUAUCAUCAGCUUCAUUGUCCUAAGCAUCCCCCUCUCACUGAUCUCCAUCUCCUAUGUCUUCAUCGUGGUAGCCAUUUUACGGAUCCGGUCAGCAGAAGGGCGCCAGAGAGCCUUCUCCACCUGCUCCUCUCACAUCUUAGUGGUCCUCCUGCAGUAUGGCUGCACCAGCUUUAUAUAUCUGUCCCCCAGUUCCAGCUACUCUCCUGCGAUGGGCCGGGUGGUGGCUGUGGUCUACACUUUUAUCACUCCCAUUUUAAACCCCUUGAUCUAUAGUAUGAGGAACAAGGAACUGAAAGAUGCCCUAAGGAAAGCACUGAGAAACUUCUAG